AGCGGUAGGGAAGCUGACGGAUCUGACGAUGAUUUUCACAAAAGAAAUCUGUUACAACUUGGCGUUUCACAAAGUAGUUCAUGUUCCGGUAUGUCCCAAACUCUGAGUGAAGGCUGUUCAAUCGGUGACGACUGUAGCACGAUUACGUGCGAUAUGAAUUUCGUUGAGACGCCAAUCACAUUCAAGCUAAAGGUAACAAUUGUCAUGCUAUGGAAUAGUAAUAAACGACAGCAGUAAUUCAUCUGAGUCCUUUAUGAAAGAACUUCAAAAAAUAAAAGAGUCCAGAGAAAGUAGAUACCUUUUUCGGGCUAAUUAUUAUUACUAUUUUUAAACCUUUAGCACUGAAUAUAGUCAUCACGGCCAGAAUAAUUCAAGCGCCAUAAAACGUCUUGAUUUCACACUAACAUUGGUGUUACUGAGAGACCUUUAGAUUCCAGAACGAGAAAGACUACGAGUGCGAGAUUUUACUUAAAAAUUUUUCGCGUAGUUUUUGAUAAAAUAGACACCCCGAAAAGCUUCAUGAGGUUAUACUUCUUGUCACCAGAAUAGGUGGCAUGCAGUGAUUUCUUUAUUGAAGGAGGUUAAUUCCUCACCGGUCCCGAUCGCAAAAUGAUAAAACUUCUAACAUUUGACAACUUGUUUCCUGCAAUACGACAUUCUUGCUGCUAACUCUCGUAAUAGAAUGACGACGGCUAUCACGUUUAAGCUGACUCACUGCGUAAGCGCGCACUACAUAGUUUAAAAGUAUUGAAAAAAUCUUGUACUCGUAAUCGAACUCAUUCUAGAAUCUAGCUUAGGUCUCUUCUACAGUCAAACUAAACAACGAGUGUAUUACAGUCGAAUUGAGCAGGAUCUUAAUUUUUCGCCGCGGAAGAGCAAUAAAGGGUAUAUAUUUCUCUCUUUUCACUAGGUGAAUAAAUGUGAUGACCCCGUCUCGGUAACUGCCUUGCUAGAUGUCCCGGAUCUCCAGAAUGUCAAGUGGUCUCAUACGUACAACAGUGACGAUAUCGUUAAAGUGCCCGGAUUUAUUACAUUUUUGCCUUCUAUCUUGUUUGCUGACGUGUAUGUACAAGUUAAACUCAAAAGUAAUGAGGACAGACUGUAUCUUGAGGUAAAUACUUCCUGUAAAUUGAAAUGCGUUUAAUCUUUAGCAGUGGCAGUGUGAACUACACACUUCAUCGGAUGGGUCACUGCGGUAAGCCCAAAAGUGGAGUAACAGUGCGCUUCAGCCAGUGGCGCCUAGCUUGUAAACUGACGUCUGAGCUUGCUGUCAGUAAAUAAAGGAAAAUGGGCAUAUGUUUCUUCCCUUUCAAACACGACUUGACGUUUUAUGACAUGAUAUUGCAUUAUGUUCUUUAUUUUAACAGGUAAACCUUCUGGCCGGUAAACCAUUUUUAGAUAAACAUCAGGAUUAUCCCGUAAAUGUCACUGUCAUCGAGGGAGACUUGCCCAUUUCAAAUGACCAUUGU